AUGUACGCACUCUUGGUGGCUUUUCUUGAACAACACUGGGUGUUCUCAUGGUAUGCGCUUCCAAGCUGCUGCAAGCUACUCAUGGCGCUUUGCAAAGCCGUCCCUGAUUUGGCGCAGGAGCACUGCGAGAGGUUUCUUUCGCUUCUUCUUGGUGAGUUGAUGCGACUUCUUGGGGAGAUUUCUUCGGCCUCUAGAAGCUCCAAAGAGCAGCAACGACAUUGCAACGUCUGCUCCAUUAAACAUACCACUGCAGUGGAGAUGAACACGGCAACCAGCGUGAUACGUGAAGUACUGAAGGCGAUCCACUCCCUUCUUCCCAUUGCGGAUCAGUCAGCCGUCCAGUCCGCCUGCUUGGCUCUUGCGCAGCUGUUGCGAAAUCCCGCAAUUACAUCUGCUACGCUGGAUCUGGCGGGUUAUAACGGCGCGCUGCACGUUUCCACCUCCUCUCUUUCUUUUUCUGCCGCUACCACCUCAGUUUUUGACGCGGACGUGAGUCAUGAUAUUGCACAGGUUCUAGUGGACUUUUUGAACGACUGUGACAUGACAACAAAGGCUACGGCGGUUGUAGAAAGUGUCUUGCUGCAGCUAUGGCAUUAUGCACAGGCCCACAAGGCAAUGCUGCAGGUUUUAGCCGAGAAGCAACAAGAACAACAGAAGUUAAAUUAUGUGCAACAACAACAACAACAACAACAACAACAAAAACAACGACGAUAUGAUCUGGAUUUUCAUUGGAGACGGCAGUUUUCGUGGUCGCGGCGUCAGGUGAGUGACGUUCAAUUGGCGUCUGUUAUGAAUCGAAGUUCAUUGGAGCAGGAGCUACGACGCCGCCGUGGUGAUCAGAAGGUGUGGUUCAACUGUUCCUCGUUAGCGCGUGUGGUGAUUAUGCGGGAAACCACGGGCGACGACCCCGAGGUCAAUUAUACCCGCUCUUUUCCUUUUCGGGAGACAAAUACAUCAUGGGAGUCGCCUGUUGAAAUGGACCUUCUCGCGUGUGUGUUGGUUGUGGCUGGUCGUUGCCGGCUUCCAGCCGUGUCCUACGACCUCAUGAUUGGUGAAUAUCUAAAGGAACGUUUUGAUCCGGACAGUCCGGUGGUGAAUUUUUUUCGCAACGUCACAUCACCACACUACCGCCUGUGCCUUCUGCCUCUGGGAGCUCAGAAACCACAAGCGUCACUACAGCCACCACAGCCGCCACCGCCGCCGCCGCCAUCAAGAUACUCAAAAGAGGAAGAAGAGCGUGGGGGAGGGAGUGCACAUCAUUUGCAGGGUCAUGUAAAUUUGGAUGCCGUGGCGAUUGAGUCGGCGGUGUCGCUGGGGAUUCAUGCCGACGGACUCCGUGAUGACAUCUCCCCCUUGGGUAGGCGUGAGGCACUACCACAUUCUACUCCGAUUCCAGUUCGGACGCGGAAGCAGCCACUCAGAAGUUCGCGCUCCGCGUCUUUCUCCUCGCACCCGAUUGUGUCAUCGUCGUUGGCGACCUUAACAACAUCCGGUGUGAAUAGUGUGACACACAUUUUGCUAGCCAGAGAAGUCACACCGGAAUCGGGACGGGGCAGUGUGCGAGGGACAAACUCCUCAUUGUUAGGAUGUGGCACGUACAGUGCCUCUCGUCCGACUUCCAAUUUCCUUCCCGCCGUUUCUGUUGGAAGUGGCAGUUUUGUCAAGCAGCGUGGUUUGAAACGUCAACCGGACGUUCUUUCAAGCGGAAACAACAGCAUUGUGAACUUUGCGAUCGAGGGAGUGGCUUCUCCAGGAGAAGAGCGCCCUCUUCCGCCCAUGGAGAGGGAGGACAACAACAAGGGACAGGACGCUGCUGCCGCUGAUAUGAAUGAUCACGAUGAUGAUAACGACGAUGGGGGCUAUGAGACGGAGGAGCAGCGAUUCUUUUUGCAGCAUGAGAACCUUUCCGCAAGCGAGUGGCGACCGUGGUUUGAGCUAUUUUGCACAAUGCUUGUAGAAAGCAGUGAUCAUGUGUGUGUCAGCAUUUGUUCCACGCUUGUGCGGCGGCAUUUUACAAUUUUUUCUUCGGAUUUGUUACCCAUAGCGUUUUUGUCACACCUCACAAAGUGUGACGACAGGGUUGUGCGACGAUGGAUGCGGCUUAUAUGUGACUUUGUUCAUAUGCACGAUUAUUUACCGCAGAUUAUUGCCGCGGAGUUGGCACGUUUGGCGCACCACAUUCGUUUACACAGCUCCUCUCUUUUCUCCAGGCCUCUUGCGCGGGCCAUUGAGCAGAAUUACAUUACAUUGGACCUUCUGGUAGUGCUUGCCGAACGUGCCCUUAAUCCGCCACUCCUCUUGUUGUACACUCAGCAGCAGAUUCUCUCGGGUUUCUCAUGGGAAGCACUGGCACGUCUGCUGAUGGCAUUGGGGGAUGUUAAAUAUGAUAACGACCCACGUUGCUUCUCACAAGAUCCUCGUAUUCGUCAUGCCGCAUAUCAAUUGCUACAUGCCACAAGAAGUAAGUAUCGGAAGGGUAUUACCAACACUGACGAAAAGACAGGCGUGGGGAAAUGCAAUCAUUCCACAGAGAAAUUACCAUGGGAAAUGCGGCAGAAUCUUGACAGUGAUAAGGGUGAUGUUCUUUCUGCAUGUGUUGCCCUUGAGCCUGUUGCGGAACGGGAUGAAGAGGAAUGUAUGCCAUCCCCACUUUUUCUUGAGUUGGGGUGGUUUGAAGCGGCCUCACGUCAGUACCUACGCUCUAUUUGGACGACUAUACGAAUUCUUUCUGGUGGCGAGAGGGGCACGACUCCUGCAUCUUCAACGAGACCGAUUUUGUCUCCAAACGAUGUUGUGGGAGCGAUGCGUUGUUACAUGCGCGUUUAUGACUUUGAGAGUAUUAUAAACAUGUGGAGGAGGAUUAAAGGUUUUCCACUGGCCCCUGAAGAGGAGUGGGCAUCGGCGUUAACGGUAGAGGAGGAGCAGCGGCAGCAAUCAUUGCAGCGUGCAUUGUUGGGGACGGCAUGGGCACCCUCAACUGGAGGGCCCGUGAUCCCACAUAUUAAACGGUAUGUUGUGUCGGCCGCACAGGCUCUCUCUCGCUGGGACUUUGUAGAGGACAUCGAUUACAAUCAUUUGUUUGCCGACAAGCGGGACGAGCGAGACCGAUACGCCCCCAGCUUUGGAGACUUUUCCUUUUACAAACAGAUGGAGAUAUUCCGUGCCGCCGCUCUCACCGCCUCAAAGGAAUACGAAGAGGCAAAGGGAGUGUUAAGUGCCUUGCGUGCGGCUUUAAGGGAAUCAUACGCCGUUUUUCAUACAGAGAAUGCCCGAAUGAAGUUUGAGCUGAAUAUCAUGUUUCAGCAGAUAUCUGACCUUGAAGAGGGCAUAGAUGCUAUUGAACUGAAAACGGCACUUGGGGAUGGUGCAGGGAAAGUCGUGGGUACGGCUGCUUCCAUGGCCAAUCUCGCAGGAUCUACGACGGUUGUUGGGGAUGUUGCUGGGGGUGAUAGCAGCGGUGGUGCUGCUGAGAACCGGAGAGAAAAUUCCAUUGCGACUGGCGCAAAUGGUGUGCGAGAGAGUGUGGAGCUGCAGCAGAGUAGAUGGCGUGGGAGGGUUGCGUACAGCGAGGCAACAGUGCGGCGUCUAAAGAACAUUGCUGGAAGGCCUCUUCCUGCACACAGUACGGUUUUGCAGCGGUUCGAGAUUAUUGCUCUACGGAGCACUCUUGUUUCUCCGGAAUGGCAGCUGCGGAACAUUUUGGAACUCUCUGAGCGGAUUGUGCGGGAAGGUAUGCCAAAGAGGGCUGUGCGGACCAUUAACCAUUUUUAUUCUCUUCCCAUCGAUAACAAUGACACACGAGAGGAAAGGAAAUAUCGUGACACGUUGUUGCUGGAGAAGUAUCGUAUUGAGUUGCAGCAUUUGUUCUGCACAAAGGAUUUGGAGUGCCUGCAUAAUGAAAUCGCCGAUGGAUUGAUGCUGAGGUGCAGCAGGGGGCUCAUGCAUGCACAUGGUUUUAUGCGUGGAAAGGAAUUUGAGGAAAUGCCUGUGGAUGCCUUUUUUGGAUCCGGGCCUGUGAGUGAGGAGCAGGCAGAGUUGCUGUUGCUUCACAUUGAGUGCCAGCGCAAGUUAAAGGCGGUUUAUGAACGACGACGACACAUUUCACUGGAACCCGCACCUUUUUUUGUGCCCAAUCCGCACAUGGGUGCGGGUUCAUUGGGUGAUCUUGAAAUGAUUUUGCGGGCACGAUUUCACACCUCUUCUUCUCAUGAUGCCAACAUGCCCGAUGGGGAGGAGGAUGAAUAUAAUCCAGCCGAUGUCCUUCUUCGUGAAUACCGUAUCAUGGAGCACAUUAUUGGCUCUUCCGUCACUUUGGCAUCGGUGUGGCGGGAGUUUGGUCUGCUUUUGUUCGAUGUGUGCAUGGCUAUCUACGCCGAGUGGAACAAUACGAAGGAGCCGGAGACGCUGAGGAACUUUUGUGUGCAGUCCCAAAAGGCGAUUAGUGCAUUGCAGAAGUCGGUGCAGUUUUGGAAUAGUGCCGCCUCCACUUCCGUUUCUGGAAUUGGCCCCUUCACGACCGCCUCCACACGGCGCUCUCGCCACGCGCGCUCCGCAAUUCCUGCGGUGCAUCUUCUUUUGAAGGCGCUUCAUCUUGCGCUGAAGCUGGAGGAGGUCGGCAUGGACAGUACGUACGUGGGCGACAAAAAUAAGAACAUCAGGAACACGUUUGGGGACGAUGCGGGUCGAGCCGCGUCCGUAGCGGCAGCGCCGGAGCGAAGCGAGACAUGGGAGCGCGGCGCAGGGUUUGCGCACCUGGACUUUUCCCCCGCCAUGUAUCUUCACUGGGGAUACAUCUUGCCUUUCCUUGUGAACGCUGCGGCUCGCCACAGUGAGCUUCAUGACGCGGUGCGUGAUAUGUGUGCUCAUUCACGUGCCAUGCUCUAUCAGUGUGUGUUUCACCUUGUAUCCACCUUUGAACACCGUUAUUCCUCUAUCUUGGCGCUAGAGGCAGCCAAGGGUGACCAGACGCUCCAAUAUGAGGAAAACUACCCAUGCGGCAGCUCCUCGUCACCUUUAAUUGCCCCGCAUGCAAAAACGGCACCUACGUCAACGGCAUAUGGCGCAGAGGAGGCGGCGGUUGAUGACGCCAUGAGAAGGAGGACACCUUGCCAUGCCCGAAUGACUUCCACCGAGUCCACAUACACUGUGCAUCAACAACAGCCACAGCUGCAGGGGACAGUUGUUGAAUGGAUGCCUGCGGCGGGAAAUUCUGAGCGACGUGAGGAGGGGAGGAGGGCGCAGUCCCCGAGUGGCACCCACGACCACCCACAACGACAACAACAACAACAACAGCAAUCUCGUUAUCAUCGUGACAUUCAUUCUUCUCACCAGCAGCAGCAACAGUGGCACUCCGCCAUGCUUCUCAAACUUGCGGAAAAUGGACCGGAGCACAAGGCGAUAAUUUCACAAACCAUGCAACUCUGUGAUUUUGUGCGAAGUGGUAAAGGGAACUCACUCUCAUUGGGAGCAUGUGCCUUGCCGGUGCCCACUUGGUUUCUUCAGCACCGCAUGGUGGAGGUCGAUAAGAAUGAAUUGGAGUUGCAGAAGGGUCAACCAAAGUCGGUAAGGAGUUUUUUAAACACCAGCGACAAACAUGUGCAGACGGAGCGAGAAAUUGGCUCAAAGAGUCACGAUAACACCAACGCUACGACAACCACCAUCAAUAACACCACCACCCCUUUCACCACCACUGCCCAAGAAAGUGGCAGUAAGGCGUUACAACGCGUUUUACAUGUACGGAGAAAACUUUGUUCUUUGCCCUCGGAACGUCGGCGUGAGGAGAUUUUUCUUUUUUUUAUUUCGGAUGGAUCUGUACUGCGUUUUCACAGCAUUGGAAUGGAGGAGGACUCGGCUGCGUCAGCCAUCUCAAUGCCAUGCUCUCUCACGGAGCCCCAUGAUGCACAUUCAAGGCUGGCGGAGGCUGCUCCUGCCACUUGUACAGCCACGCAUGCCGUUCCAUCUUCCAGAUUCACGGUAAAUGGGGGAAGUGAUAUGGCAUCUGGCGGCGCACAGCCGAACCCGUUUCCUGCGACGACGGGAGGCAAUAGAACGCCUCUCAUGGACCUGGUAGAGAAUUCAGCUUUUAUUCGUCCAUUGGCAGCGAUGGAAACCGCGGUAUGUUGCCUUCUUGGACAUAUUCCCAUCCGUCACGCGCGUCGACCCCUUGUGCUACCAGUUGGCAUUCAGGAGUUUAUCACCCAAUUGCCGGACCGUGCGGCCUAUUCCUCCAGUUGGCAACUGACACUACCCCCAUCCUUGCAGUUUAACUGCACAGCCUCCAUGUUACGUCAACCCUCAUCACUUCUCCACAUUAUAUCCAAAUACAAGGCCAAUUUUCAGAACCGGAAUCCGAUUCAAGCGGAGAAGUCCCAUGAACCUCACCACCAACAAGAACACCAAGAACAACAACAGCAACAGCAACAACAACAUCAGGAGGGGGUGUUUCAAAGUGGGAAAAUUUAUAACAACGACACGUCAUCGCAGCCACCACAGGAAGAAAAGGUGAAGGAACGUAUUGGGGCGAGAAGAGCCUCACGUUCUCAUCGAAAUCGGCGCGAACUUCUCACCCGCUACGAAAGUCUACUUGAAAUUGCGUUUGAUCAUGGCAAAACUGGGCCACUAUGCAGUUUUCUACACCGCGUUUUGUCUUCGAAUAAACUUUCGGAGGCGGAAUACCCUCGACCUGCAUCACAGAUGGUAAAACUUUUGGAGGAGAUUACAGAGGCGGUACAACAGCACCUGCGAGAAGUGGAGGAGGUUCCUAAAGGGCCCGUAUCGGCUGAGAAGGAAGCGGCUCCUUUGUUUUCACUCGAGACGGGGAAUGAGGAGAAUCGGCUGGGUGAGAGACGGGGCUCAUUCUUAAUUUCCUCAAGUACAAAGGGAUGGAAGGCGAUGCAACUCCAGGCGAAACCUCUCACUAAAGUGCGAAUGGCCAUUUUCAGGGCAGAAGCACCUCGGUACGCCCCACUGCUUCGUCUUGCCUUUCAAGCGGCAUCCGCCGAUGCUGCAGAAUGGCUAGAUGCAGUACACUUAUUCACUCACGAGUUGGCGGAAUGGAGCAUGCUGCAGUAUCUCUUUGAUGCAACGCAUCGAGAGAGCACCACAUUCUUCGUGGAUGUCACUUCCGGUCAUGUGGCGUCGCAUCAUAUUGGGGUACAUGCUCUUCAACCCUUACCACGGGCUCUAGUGCCUCGACACCAUCCUAGUUUCUCAACAGGCGGGUGUAGCCGGGUGGAUGAACAGGUGGAGGAGGCCACGCCGAACAAAUCGCCAUUUCAAUGCACAGAUCCAACAAUUUUUCGUCUCACUGGAUGCCUUAUAUCACCGCUACCAUUACGAUGUCCCUACAGUGUUUUUCUUGGCGCUGCAACACAGUUUCUUUACUCCACUCUGCGCUACAGUCGUGAUCUUGCCGGCAUUGCAAAGUUUGGCCUUCAAGAUAUGAAAUGUUUUGCAUGGCGUGGUGCUCUGUUUCUACAGCCUCCCCCUGGCGAUGGCAUGGAUAUGGACAUAAUGCCUGAGAGCGGGAGUGUGACAAUUUUGCCAGAGGUACCAAACCGGGAAAUUGGUCGACUUGUGACGACGGCAUUUGUGCUUCAAUCCUCUGAUAUUUCUACGAAUCUAUCUGUUGUGGCGAUGUCAUUGGGAGAAUUCCCUGGCACUCCGCCUGUGGAAGGGGCGGCUCAGACGGUGGGUCUGAACGUCAUGGUGGAACGACUCUCCCUCAUCUCGAGUCCAACCAAAGUGUCUGAGACCACCGUCACCAUACCUGGCGGCGGUGUUGUGCAGGAACCUCUGAUGCAACCGGCAAAAUCGGAGGCGAAUUGUGAGCUGGAGCGUAAACGUACUUCUGCCGUCGCGACGACGGCCACAGACAUUGGCGCCACCGUUGCCGUGACGAAACGAAAAGCAACGGCAGCAACAACAAUUUCAGCGAUGGAGGCGGCACGAAAAAUGUCCUUUUCCACAAUUAAUACCGCAGCAUUGUAUACAUGGGGGGCGAGGAGGAUGACUUUACACCAUCUUUCCUUUACUCCACGAAUUUUUGAUGUUUCCUCCAUCUUAUUGAAGCUCAUGGAUGACCGGAUACCCAUGCUUGAUGAACCUAUCGUUACUGUUUUUGAUGAUCCUCAAUUUGCACGCUCUGAAGAACUUAUUCAGCUUUAUCCCAGCGAAAAUAGUACAAUUAAGUUUCAUGAACCCCCGUCAAAAGAGGCAGAUGACACAAUGGCGGAUCAAUACCAUUGCGAUGUAGUAGAAAAUAUUGAAGAGAGAGUAAAGCAGCUUAUUCGUUCUGCCGUUAGCCAGGAGAAUCUUUUAGGGACUCCAGAGGCCCCGCAUCGUUGGUCUAGUUGGGCUCCCCAGUGGUAG